AUGCCUAUCAAUGCGAUCGCCUCCAACAAUGCUAUUAUCAAUGGUGCGAACAAACCUGCGACCAUUGUGUAUUCGACCGAAUCAGGCACGAUUCUGGAGGUUUUAGAAGAUUUGGUUAUUCUCGACAAAACUGAGAUAACCAAAUAUCAAAUACAUACGCUGGAGGACGUAUCUCCAUCUACACUUCUCCCCGGACUCGUGGAUUCUCAUGUUCAUUUGAACGAGCCCGGUAGAACAAGUUGGGAAGGAUUCGAAACCGGAACUCAAGCUGCUAUUAGCGGCGGGGUCACGACGGUGAUUGAUAUGCCGCUAAAUGCUAUUCCUCCGACGACAAAUGUCGAAAAUUUUAAGGUUAAAUUGGAAGCUGCUCAGGGCCAAAUGUGGUGCGAUGUUGGAUUUUGGGGUGGUCUUGUACCACACAACUUAUCAGAUCUGGUUCCCCUUGUUAAAGCUGGUGUUCGUGGAUUCAAAGGAUUCUUGCUUGACUCGGGGGUGGAGGAGUUCCCCCCCAUUGGUAAGGAAUACAUCAAAAAGGCAUUGAGGAUCUUAGGUAAGGAGGACACCAUGAUGAUGUUUCACGCUGAGUUGCCCACAGUGGACGAUGAGCAACAGCAACACGAGGACAAUCAUCGUGAGUAUUCUUCGUUUUUAUCUUCGAGACCAGAUUCUUUUGAAAUAGACGCCAUCAAUUUGAUUCUCGAAUGUUUGCGUACUAUAGAUGGCCCAGUACCUCCUGUACAUAUAGUUCACUUAGCAUCGAUGAAGGCUGUUCCAUUGAUCAGGGAGGCGCGUGCUUCGGGACUACCAAUAACCACAGAGACGUGUUUCCACUACUUGUGCAUUGCUGCAGAGCAGAUUCCAGACGGAGCCACUUACUUCAAAUGCUGCCCCCCCAUUCGGUCUGAAUUUAACCGCCAAGGUCUAUGGGAUGCACUGUAUGAGGGUGUUAUAACUUCAGUGGUGAGCGAUCAUUCACCUUGCACGCCUGAGUUGAAAAACUUGCCAAAGGGCGAUUUUUUUGAUUCUUGGGGAGGAAUUGCUUCUGUUGGGCUAGGUUUACCCUUGAUGUUUACUCAAGAUUGCUCUUUAGUGGACAUAGUUACAUGGUGUUGCGAGAAAACUUCCAAGCAAGCGGGGAUGUUUCAUCAGAAAGGCGCCAUAGCUCCCGGAUACGAUGCUGACUUAGUAGUAUUUGAUACGAAGAGCGAACAUGUAAUAACUAAUUCAAGUGUUUACUUCAAGAACAAACUGACUGCCUACAAUGGGAUGGUAGUCAAGGGUACUGUUUUGAAAACUAUACUAAGAGGACAGGUGGUGUAUACAAAAGCCAACGGAGUGACGAAAGCGCCAUUGGGUAAAACUUUGUUAGAUCCGAGACGCUAA